CUGUCAUGGGUUUUAGGGAACAUGUAAGGAAGUACAGCACUAUGCACAUUUGGGAUCUGCAAAGUGAAUUUACAAUUACAAUUAAUCGUAAACCGUUCACAAUUAACGCAGUUUUAUAUUCAUAGGGAGAUAAGGGAACGAUGUGGCAUUUCUAAACGGAACUUGCUAGAAAACGGAAGUUUAUUAUCAAUCAUUUAAGUGGCUAAAUCUUGUUUAUUUUUCUAAUCAAAAAUGCUAAAAAUACGACCAAGCAGACUUUGCGGUUAUUUUGCUUUAACUUCAUUACUCGUGAUCUUCUUAAUUGCGGUGGGAUACAAUACCGAAAUGCUUAUGAACUUUGAAGAGAAACAAAACCAACAUGCCUUGAAGCUUCUCCAAGAUACUCGUCUGCUGCCAAGUGUGACUGCUGCCGUCAUUCUGUGUGGGGUGACGAUCACCUGGAGAGACAUCAGAUGGAGGGCGAAGAGAGAAAGCAGGACGGCCUCCGCCCUCAUCAUUACCUUCAUCGCCAGGGGAAUAAUAGGAUGGCUUGGAAAACGACAAAGGAAUAGGCUGGAGGCAGAUACGCUGGACGUCCGGCGAGUACAGGAGGAAACUUUGCUGAAACGCCUGCACAAGACUGCCAACACGGACUAUGGACGGCAGUAUGAUUUUAAAUCUAUUAAAGAUUGUGAAACUUUUCGCCAGCAUCAUCCCAUUACAGUUUAUGAGAACUACCGUGAUCUGGUGGAGCAGGUAGCGGCUGGGGAAAGCAGGCUGCUGAUUGCAGAGAAGCCGCAUCUCCUGGUCAUGACGUCUGGCAUAUCUGGGAAGUGCUGCAUGCUCCCACGCAUGAAGGAUACUAACACCGAUUUGUUUCUGCAGGGGGUCGCUGUAUGUCUAGACACCAUAAAGAGGUCUUUCCCGGCCAGUGAAGUCCUGCAGCGCACUACUGGGUUUUACUACGAUUCGAACUCUGGUUGUUCAGAGACAGGCAUUCCCAUCAGGUCAAACAUCUCCAUCCUGGCCUCUUCCUGCUCCACCUUGCUCCACCACUUGCUGAGCAUCUACACCACACCUGCACCAGCCUUGCAAGUGCGCAACAAGCGAGACGCCCUCUACCUGCACCUGCUCUUUGCCUUGAGGGACUCUGCACUGGGCGCACUGGAGUCUGACUUCGCCUCUGAGAUCUUUGACGCCUUCAGUAGCUUGCAGGAACGAUGGCAGGAGCUGGUGGAGGACGUAGAGCUGGGCCGGGUCAGUCCCCAGCUGGACCUCGAGCAUGGAACACGGAAAACUCUGGAAGGACUGCUCCGGCCAGACCCGGAGCGUGCCGCCCAUCUUAGGGCAGAGUUUGAGAAGGGCUUCUUGGGCAUAGCCCCGAGACUAUGGCCUCGACUCAGCCUCAUUCUGGCUGUGGACUCCGGCUCCGACCAGAUUCACGGGGAACUGCUGAGGCAGCACUACUGCGAGGGUGUGCCCUUUUACUCCCCCGUUUAUGCUGCCGCUGAAGGCCUGAUUGGCGUGAACGUGUGCCCAGAGAAGGAGCCGCGGCAGUACUUGCUGUGCCCGAGAUCCAUGUUCUGUGAGUUUGUCCCCGAGGCCAGUCUGGAGGAGGAGCAGCCCCCCACAUUGACUAUGGAGCAGGUGCAGCAGGGCCAGUGCUACGAGCUGGUGGUUACCAACGCGUCCGGCCUGUUCAGAUAUCGAAUUGGAGAUGUGCUGAGGAUCACUGCUUUCCACAAUCAGUGUCCAGUGGUGGAAUUCCAGUACAGGCGGGGACAGAUGCUGAAUGUGCGGGGUGAGAGAAUUUCUGAGGCCAUGUUCCUGGGUUCCCUGAAGCGGGCUGUCAGUCAGUGGCCUGGGGCAGAGCUUCUGGACUACUGCUGUGUGGAGAGUAGCAUUCUGGGUCAGGCCUCAGGAGGUUCAGAUCCCCAUUAUCAAGUGUUUCUGGAGCUGAGAGGAGUGAGGAACCUGACCGAGGAGCAGCGCUACAAGCUUGACCACUGUCUCCAAGAACACUCAGCCGUCUAUAAAUCGUUCAGGUUCAAAGGCAGCAUCGGGCCAAUGAGGGUGCAGCUGGUUGGCAGAGGUGCGUUUCUGGAGCUGCGCAGCAGCUUGUCAUCGCUCCCUCCUGCCACCUUUAAAAUGCAGCGAGUGUUGCGCAGUAAGGAAUGCGCUGACUUCCUGCUGCGAAGGACCAUCUCCUGAGCACCGCUGAAAGGGAAUUCUGGGAAAGGACUUCAUCGUGACACCUACUUUCGGAAACUUUGCUGUAAGCAACACUGUGUAGAGUGUAAACUUCUUCCCUAUUGUGACACCUUGUGUUUAUCUUUUUAGACCACAGAUAUUCCCUUUAUCGGGGGGGGAUAGUGAAUAUACAAACAAAGGUGUACAGAGUAAGUGGCUGCUGCACAGGGCUACAUUACUGACUUUGGUAAUGGCAGUGACCAAAAUGACAAUAAUGACAAUUCUAGUAUUUUCACAAGAGUCCUCAACUGUUUUUCUGCUGCCAUGCCAAACCAGAUUGAGGCUGAACCAGGCCAGAUCUGUUUCUUUUUCCAUCACCUUCAUCUGAGAGGUUGGGGGGGCAUUGACUGUAAACUGCUCAUGCAGGAUACAAUAUUUAAAAAUGGAUGGUUGUGCUAACUAAUCAUAGUAUAAUAUGGGAAUACCAUCAAUUAAAAGAAGCAAUUAACAGGAAAAGCAUAAUCCUCAGUUAUAUUUACAGGUAUUAGCUAAAUGACAAAUGGAUCAAUUAAUCUGUUUCCUGGAGUUACUGUACCUCGACUAGUCAAGUGUUUUUAUUCCACAAUGUGAACAGAUAUCACCAAUUGAUCCUAAGACCCCCUUUUUUGAUCAAGUAUGCAAAUGCUCUAAAAAGCGGUAAACAGGACAGAUCUCACGUCAUAGUCCCAGACGUCGUUUUCUUGGGCUGUUUGGAGUCACCCUUAAGGUUACCUUUAAUUGAACUGACAUUUAGAGAAGUUUAAUGUGGGAGGCUGAUGGCCUCCAGCCGCUCCGCAUCCACAGCCACCCAACAGCCUGCAAGGUCACGUGCCGCCGAAAAUGGUUCCACUCUGUGAUCUGCCAACAACCAAAGGUCCAAAACGUGCAUUUGCUAAAGGUCAGACCCAUGUGAUACUUCAGUAUGAAUUCAGGGUAAGUUUAGGGCGCUGAGGCUUCUGUAGAUUCCGCUUCAUUCUGCACGGGUUCAGUACCACUGUCUCCUCCAGAAUACUGUAAGUGUGAACAGCUCUGCACUUCCCAGGUUCACCUGUCUCCGGUAGGACUGAUGUGCAAAGCGCUAUGCAGAGUGAAUGCACUGCUGGUUCGGUAUAAUGUUCAAAUUAAUUGAAUGUGGAAAGUUUGAUUUGUCCUUUAAUAUAGUCUCCCUUUUUGUGUAAUAUUAUAAGUGCAUUCAUCCUGGUCUCCUGUGUCUUGUUGAUAAUUAAUUGUUCUUUAUGUGUUUUGUCUUUAUUAUGUUUUUCAUAAGUUGUUAAAAUAUCUAAUAUGUGCUAAGCAUAAUAAAUUCUUGAAGAGAGUAACAUUUUCAAUUGAAA